AUGGUCAAGCACAAGCGCAAAAAGGUCAAGAUGGCCAUCCUCAAGUACUACAAGGUUGGCUCGGACGGCAAGAUCCAGCGCCUCCGCCGCGAGUGCCCCCAGCCCACCUGCGGCGCUGGUGUCUUCAUGGCCUGGCACAAGGACCGCCAGACCUGCGGCCGCUGCGGUCUCACCUACUCGUUCGAGCCCGGAACCAAGCCCACCGCUGCCUAAGCGUGUCGCUUCCUCCCCGCUUCGACCAGUCGUGACCGGCGAGGUGUUGCUAGUCUUCUAGUCUAGCCAUGCAUUCGUCUGUGUCCAUUCAA